UAUACGUUUUUGUUCACUUGUGGCGCAAACCUUUUUGUUGAUGUUUGGAAUGUUCACAUUUUACUUCUACUGUUUGAUACGUUAGCCUAAUAUUGUGUUACUGUGCUGCCCGUGAAACAACGGUGAAAAUGAAAGGGGAUCUCUCAAGAACGAAAACAUGACAAUCAUCAGAGACAGCAAAAAGUUCAUUUGAAAAUGUUUUAGUGCUACCAAGUUGCAUUAACACUAACACGCCUCUCAUUCCUGUUCAGAGUGUUGGAAGACAGUACACAGACACUUCUGAUGACAAUUUCCCACAGACUCUUGAAAAGGGGAGGGGUAUAGACUGGGGUGAAAAAAAAAACAUCUGGAAUUUGCAUCAUGGCAGCAGAAUGCAUUGGGCGGUCUGUAAUCCUGCUCUGUCUCUUGGCAGUGGGGCUUGCCUUCUCAGGCAUUUUCAAUGUCUCUGACAAACAGUCGCUUUUCAAUGAGGACAUGGAGCGGGUGAAACCUCUGGCAGGCAACACCACCACAGAGCCCUGGAAGCUCAUGUCCACUGACCUGCAUCCCAGACUCUUCUUUGACCAGGUUGAGCUCAAGUCACUGAAAAAGAAGGUGAGAACAACGCACAAACAUAUUUUCAAAGUGAUUCACAAUGCUGUCGAUGCCAUGCUGUCCAGUCCCGCCAUGUACCUGCCACCUGAAAACCACCAGGAAUUCGGCAGCAGAUGGAACGAGGUCUAUGGGAACAACUUGCCCCCGCUCGCACUCUACUGUCUGCUCUGUCCAGACGACUCCGCAGCCUCACAGUUCCUAGUGAAAUAUAUGGACAGAAUGGCUGAGUACCCAGACUGGAUGGUGACCAGCGCACCCACUGAUGAGGUACCCAUAGCCCACUCUCUCACGGGUUUCGCCACAGCGUACGACUUCAUCUACAUCUACCUGGACACAAAGAGGCGGGUUCAGUACCUGAAGAAGAUCCGUGCUGCUACUCACAAUCUGUAUGAGCUGUCUAAGCAUAGGGGGUGGGGGAAGCAGUUUCUCCAGAACCACCAAACCACCAAUAUCAUGGCUAUCCUCACGGGUGCUCUUGUUGUGGGGGAACACAGUGACCCAGAGACUAUGAUGUGGAAGCAGGUGGUCGUGAACUACAUGGAGAAAACCAUGUUUCUUUUGAACCAUGUGGUAGACGGGUCUUUAGAUGAGGGUGUUGCAUAUGGGAGUUACACUGCAAAAUCAAUCACACAGUACGUUUUCCUUGCGAGGCGGCACUUUCAUAUUGACAACACACAAAACCAUUGGCUGCGGGCACACUUUUGGUUCUACUAUGCCACUCUUCUCCCAGGGUUUCAAAGGACAGUGGGCAUUGCGGACUCUAACUACAAUUGGUUCUAUGGUCCUGAGAGUCAGCUGGUGUUUUUGGACGCUUUUGUCCUCCAGAAUGGCAUGGGGAACUGGCUCGCUCAGCAGGUCCGGAAACACAGACCCAAGGAUGGACCAAUGAUGCAGUCAGCAGCUCAGAGGUGGGCAACUUUACACACAGAGUUCAUUUGGUACGACGGUGAGAAUGACCCUCAACCCCCGCCAGGCUUUGGCAAAGCAAACAUGCACAUCUUCUCAAACUGGGGUGUGGUGACGUACGGGGCCGGGCUGCCCUACAGAGAGGGGAACACAUUUGUCUCCUUCAAGUCUGGGAAACUAGGUGGCAGGGCUGUGUAUGACAUUGUCCAUGCUAAGCCUUACUCCUGGGUCGACGGCUGGACUAAUUUCAACCCAGGCCAUGAGCACCCAGACCAGAACUCCUUCACAUUCGCUCCCAAUGGCCAGGUGUUUAUCUCGGAGGCGCUGUACGGACCCAAGUACAGCCACCUGAACAACGUCCUCGUCUUCUCUCCCUCUCCGACAAGCCAGUGCAAUCAGCCGUGGGAGGGACAGCUGGGCGAGUGUGGGAAAUGGCUCUACUGGGGAGAGAAGGACGUGGGCAGCACCGCGGGAGAGGUGGUGGCCGCGUCCUCUCACCAAGACACCCUGUUCGUCAGCGGGGAGGCCGUGUCGGCCUACUCCUCCGCCAUGAAGCUGAAGAGUGUGUACCGUGCCCUGAUGCUGCUUAACUCUCAAACUCUGCUCGUCCUGGAUCACGUGGAGAAACAGAAGGGCUCACCUUUGGAUGCCCUCAGUGCCUUCUUUCAUAACUUGGACAUAGAUUUGAAGUACGUGCCUCACAGAGUCUUCGAGAAGUACAAUGGUGCGCUGAUGGAUGUGUGGGAUGCACAUUAUAAAAUAUUUUGGCUUGACAGUGAAGGUCUGAGUCCUGUUGCCAGGAUACAAGAGGCCGAACAAGUUGCUGAGUUCAAGAAGCGGUGGACUCAGUUCAUCAAUGUGACUUUUCCCAUGACAAACUCAGUCACCAGAAUAGCAUACCUAAUGCAUGGGCCCUAUGUUAAAGUUUCCAGCCUCAGGUUUAUUGACAACAGCAAACACGGGGUCAGAUUAUCUCUCAAACUGAAUGAUACAGAAACAACAGUGUCAGUUGCAACACACUAUCAAGAUAUCGGUGCCAGAUUUAAUUAUUUAGGUUUUAGUGGCUUUGCUAAAGUAGAAAACAAGCAUCAAAUUAUAUAUUUUGGUCAGGGGAUUCAAACUGCAGUCAGUGACAAUGAAUCAGAUUCUUCUUCUCACACUGGAUUAGUUGUCACUACAGUUGUGGGAUUAAUGUUCUUUAUAGCUUUAGCAUAUUUGAGGAGAAGAAGAACACUAAACAUACCCUUACACUGGCUCAUGCGUUACACUUUAAUUCUCAUCCUCCUCUUCUGGCUCUUUGAGUUUCUUCUUCUUUCCAAUGGCUGUGCACGGUUCAUAUGCGGAACAAAAUCAAACAGGAUCUCAGAGGGUCUCAGAGACUCAGACCCUGUUUCUCUCUCCCCUCAGUUUGUGAGCACCCUGCCAUCCACCAUCAUUACAUCCCUGCCGGGUUCAGGGUCUGAGAUCCUUGAGCAGCUGUUCUCCAACAGCUCUGACUUUGUGUACAUCAGUGUCUCCCCUGCCCAUCUGGAAGUGCCAAGAACAGAGUAUGCGUUUGACACGCUUGUGGAUGCUUGCGAAUGGUCUAAAACGGAUGCCCAGAGUGGGCAAUUCAAAGCAAUCCAGGGCUGGUUUCACUCCGUAGCACUCAAUGUCAGGUUACACCUGCAGAACAUCCAGCUACCUCGCGGAAAUGAGAACCGGCUCAUCAAAAAAACCAAAGGGAAGAACGUUGGCAGGCAGCCACUGGCACAGCAAAGAGGCAGAAAGCAAGGCACCACAAGGCAUUCAGAGUACACCAGAGAGCUGUGGCGCCACGCAGCGACAUACCGCAAUGCCCGGCCCAUGUUGAACCUGGCCAGCGGGGGCUGGUCUCUCAAAGUGCCUUUCAUUCAGGAGGUGAUCGGGCCCUCUUUCCGGGCAAUCUAUGUAGUACGAGACCCACGUGCGUGGAUUUACAUGAUGUUGUACAGCAGUACGCCAAGCCUCUACAGCCGUAAAAAUGUUCAGAAGCACCUUUCUGCACUCUCUCAGCUGGAGGGCAAUGGUGGUGGUGGUGGCGGCAGUGCUGGACAGGUGUGCACAAAGUUCAGCGCUGAGUUCCAGGCUGUGACGCGAUUGCUCUCACAGCCAGAACCAGAGCCUGUGAAACUCCUGGCCCAGGUGUGGCUGGCACACACCACCGCGACUGUCCGGAUCAACCGUGACUUGCCCGCCGACAAUUUCAUGCGAGUGAAGUUUGAGGACAUAGUGCGUUUCCCAGAGGACACCGCAGGGGAGAUACACUCGUUUAUCGGGGUGCCUGUUUCCCCAGCAGCCUUAAACCAGCUCAUAUACAGCACCUCCACCAACCUGUACAGUCUGAUGUACGAGGGUGACAUAUCACCGGCCACCAUCAACACUUGGAAGGACAACAUGAACUACAAUGAUAUAAAAGCCAUUGAGGAUAUGUGUUGGCCUGUUAUGCAGAAAAUGGGUUAUGAGAGAUUCACAAUUUAGGGUUAUCGCAGUUCACAAAUUGUUUAAUGUUCUCUUUUACAAACUGCCUUACACUGCAAUAGGUACUCUGAAUUUAAUGUCAGACAGCAUUAAGGAUGUAGGCUAUACAUCUUUUGCCAUGGUUUGCAAUGGUGUUUCAGAUGCAGCAUUUGUUAUGUACUUGCACUGUUUGUUUACAACUCCUGCACAUGAAUAGUGAAGAGCACAUUGUGUGGCCAGCCAUUUUUGAUCUGGACAUUUAUGACCUUUUUGGCUUUGAUAUUUUAUAUUUGUAUAAAUAAUCUCUUUCAUGAAGGACUUUUUCAGAGUUUUCA